AUGCCCAUGGCGUGGGGUCCCGAGGCAGAGACGCGCCUUCUCAUGGCGAUUUUCAAGCAAGUUAGGGACAAGCAUGUGAAGCUGGACAUGCAUGAGAUUGCAGCUUACGUCGGCCCCGGCAAAAAGACCGCAACGGAGAAGACCCAGCCGGGCCCCCGUCGUGGCAAGAAGAGAAAGCGAGAUGAAGUGCAGGAAGAAGUCAUCGUUUCUUCCGCUGACAAUGAAUCGAGCGACCAGGGUGACGUGGGUGUGCAGGUUGUUAUCCCCGAGAGCCCGAAGAGUACGAAGGUCAUGCGCGAUGUUAAGGAUGAGCAGUCGGAGGUUAAGAAGGAGCCGAAGGUCAAGGAGGAGCCUAUCGCGAAGAAGCUUCACCAGGUCAAGAUACAUGGGGAUGAGGAGGCCUAG